AACACGUGACUUUCAGAUGCUCCUGCAAGUGGACCGGUAGCUCGCUCGCAUAUCUGCAACCCGAGAGUUCCAAGUGAGGGCUUGCCGCAAGAGGGCAUUCUAUGCACGCUCAACUGUUCCGGGGAUGUUGGGGUUCGCAUCGAUUGGUUCGCUCACCAGAUGCAGCGGAUUCAAACUGCAGAUUCUGCAGAUUGCAAGCUUUUUCUGCAUUGCAAAUUUGUUCGCUAUCCAAAGUCAUAAGCGAAUGAUUCGCUCCGAGUAUGAUAACAGAGAACAAUGCAAGUGGUUUAGGAUGCCGGUGGGAGAGCAGGGGUUACCGAAGAGGAGCUCAAUAACGUUUCACCAAUACCUCACGUCGUGUACAAUGUUCAAACCUGGAGUUGAUCCUGGAAACAGCGUGUAAAUGAAUAUCACCCUGGGACCUGCCACUUGGGAUGGUGAGAAGAACGCGUUCUGUGUGAAGCCCCACCUUGGUCAAAACGGUGCAUUCCGUUUCGUGAGAUUCAACGUGCAAGCCUCUGGUCCAUUGAACCGUCAUGGACGCUACGCCUUCCGCGAACCUGCCAUGGAUGUUGACCAUCUUGUCGUUGGCGGAGGUGUAGUUGGCCUGGCAAUAGCUGCCGAGCUCGUGAAAAUGUAUCCACAUCGAUCCACAAUAGUGGUAGAACGGCACUCGCAGGCGGGGCAGGAGAUAAGGCAAGUCUCGCGGAAUUCUGAAGUUAUACAUGCUGGUCUUUACUACCCUCCCACAUCCCUGAAAACCCGGCGCUGCCUUCGGGGUCGUCAAUUACUCUAUGAGUAUUGCACCUUGCAUUCGGUUCCCCACAAGCGCAUUGGAAAGCUCAUUGUCGGCCACCAACAUCAAGUUCAGGACUUGAAGGCUCUCCAUGAACAUGCUCAGAGUGUAUGGAGAGCCGCAUGGGCCCCAGAAGGGCCUAAUGAUUACACUGCAAUUCAGGUUGAGGACCUGACUCCCCCAACUCGGUAUCUAAGCGAAGCUGAAGCACAUGAACUGGAGCCGGAUCUAGGGCCUGCCAUUAAGGGGGCAGUGCUAAGCAGUUCAACUGGGAUUGUCGAUUCGCAUGCCCUUCUCCAAUCUCUAGAGCGUGACAUUCAAAACUCUGGAGUUGGUAUUGUUGCAUACGCUACGCGUGUUGUCCGCGUCGAUCCUGCCAAAGAUGGUUGGGUUGUUCAGGCCCGCUCAAGUAACGGACCAAACACGGAUUCCAUUCGUGCUCGCACGCUCAUCAACGCAUCGGGAUUGUCUGCUAACCUUAUCCCGAAUAGCCUAAGGGAUGGAAACUCGCGGAUUCCGAUGUACUUUGCCAGAGGGUCAUAUGCAGCAUACAGUAGUAAAGUGGGCGUCUCGAAGAUUUCCAGACUAUUGUACCCCGUGCCCGAGGCAGCACACACCUUCGCGUCAUUAGGAACACACCUCACGAUUGAUAUGGCGGGUAGUAUACGCUUUGGCCCCGAUUUAGAAUGGGUAGACGCUCAGGAUGACGCGGAUGAAGAUGAAGGGACGUGGUGGGAAUCGUUGCUCGAAUGCGAGCUGACAGAGGAGCGUCGCGAGGAAAUGCAUCAAGCUAUUACCCAGUACCUUCCAGGAGUGAAACAAGAGGGUCUUCGUGAGGAUUAUUGUGGAAUUCGCCCGAAACUGGUGGGCCCAGGAGCCGGGUUCCAAGAUUUUGUGAUUCAAGUGGAUAGUGUGUCCGAUUAUGGGAUGCUGGGCAAUGCUACCAUGAUUACUUUGCUUGGGAUCGAAAGUCCUGGACUGACCAGCUGCAUGAGUUUAGCCGAACAUGUCGCUUGGGUGGUUCAGGGUGCCGAGAGCCGUAUCAAUGUGGGAAAAUGAAGUGGCCGAUUGGAGUGUAGUAUACUUAGUGGGGAAGUGGCCGGACACUGACCACGAGAAAUUGAAGGCCCGAUUUGACAGCACGAGUCCGUGGUUCUUUUGACAAAUGCUCAAGGUUUUUAUAUAUGCCAAACGGCCGGGCUCAUGUACUGUAAGCAACCCGUGAAAUGAGAUGAGGACCGUAGUUUGCAU